UUGGGAUUGAUGUCUUAUGUGAGAAUUUUACGAUAGGUUUCAAGACCUUCAAAGUAUUUAUUUUACCAAAAUUAUAUGUUUGUAUUAAUAGGGACAAGGACUCUUACUUCUUUACAAACCUUAUACGUAUUAAGUUCAAAUCAAAAAAAUCGAUAACAUCGUAUUGUGCUCGUUUAUAGUAUUUUCUCAUGAAAACACGUUAUUUUUAGGUCUGAGCCAAUAAUUGAAUAAUUCGGCUUUUGAUAUUUUCACUAUUUCACGCUAUAAAUUUAUUGGUAUAUUAGGUUCUAUUAUUAUUAACAAGAUCAUUUUGCACGCAGGGGAAACCCAUAAAGUUAUUUCAGUCUAUAUAUCUGUAACAUAUUUGUGGUUUAGAUAGUACAAUAAUGCAUGAUUCAGUGUCUGCAUAUGAGAAACUGCAAGAUAACACUGAUAACAGUGUAUGAUAAACUAUUCGUACCUAUGUACUUCAUGCAAGAACAUUGUUUUCUAUAUCACAGGAAAGAGCUAUCAUCUGAAUUGCAAUAUGUGCAGUUGCAAUGAAAAAACACCCUAUUGUAUGGCAAAAUCAAUAUUAUAGUUUUAAGAUGCUACAGCUUUUGAUUAUUCAUGCAUAGGAAAAAAUGCUUUGUGUUAGCUAAACCCUCCACAGGUUUUUUCUAGAUAUACCACUGACUGAAUUAACUUGAAAUUUUCAUAAAUUCUUUGCUAAUAUGUUAUUUCUAAUUUUGAUCUUACAGCUGAUCUAUAACCAUGUCGCAGUGGAAUAGUGGGCCUUACCCACCAGAUCCGAACCAGGCGUACUACGCCGGUCAGCCGGGGUACCCGCCUCCGCAGGGUGGAGCUAACCCCCCUUCACAGGGUGGUGCUUACCCCCUUCCACCGGGAGGUUACCCCCCACCAGGGGGCUACCCUCCACCACCACAACCCGGAAUGUACCCGCCCCCUAACCAGGGCGGCUACCAGCCGCCGUAUGGGGGCCAGGAUCCCUACCAAGGUGAACAUACACCCUUCCGUUACACUUCUACUGGCAACUAUGGCGGUGCGUACGCGGGCGGCGAAGAUCCCGAGGUCAAAGGCUUCGAUUUCAGCGAUGCCAGCAUCAGAAGGUCCUUCAUUCGCAAGGUGUACUCAAUCCUUACUGUACAGCUGGGAAUUACCUUAGGAUUCAUCUGCUGGUUCCUUUAUGAUCACAAGACAAAACAUUAUGUCCAAGCUCAUACAGAACUAUUUUUUAUCGCCUUGGCAAUACUCUUGGUAACGAUGAUCGCACUGGCCUGUUGCGGAGACCUCAGGAGGAAGCCGCCUAUGAAUUUCAUUUUCCUAUUUAUCUUCACCCUAGCUGAGUCGUUUAUGUUAGCCACAGCAGCGUCGACGUAUGACGCGGAAGCUGUUGCUAUGGCUGUCGGCAUAACGGCAGCAGUGUGCUUAGGCCUGACUCUAUUUGCUUUCCAAACGAAAUGGGACUUCACCAUGAUGGGAGGCGUACUAUUUGUCGCCGCCAUGAUCCUGUUUCUGUUCGGCAUCAUCGCCAUCUUCAUCCGCAGCAACAUCGUUAACCUGAUCUACGCUUCCUUGGGAGCACUGAUCUUCUCGGUUUACUUGAUCUACGACACCCAGAUGAUGAUGGGCGGCAACCACAAGUACUCCAUCUCACCCGAGGAGUACAUCUUUGCUGCCAUCAAUAUCUACAUUGACAUCAUCAAUAUCUUCAUGUUCAUUUUGCAGAUUAUCGGUCAUAAUAGGGACUAAGAGUAAGGAAUCUUUUUACUUUGUUCUCAUUAUGUUUUUGUUGUUUUUUUGUUGUGACAAUAGCCUGGUGAGUUAUACACUUAUACAUAUGCUAUAGUAGUUCUGGGUUUACCAAAUGUCUCAAAAAAUGAAGAAUUUUUGAAGAAUACUUAUUUGAUUUUAUAUAUAAACAUAUUCGCGUAGAGUGUGUCUAUGCGCCUGUCAAUAGUUUACCUUCACUUGAAGCUUGACAAAAUUGGUUGUCAUAUGAGGGGUGUUUUUUUAAACUUACUGGGAUACAUAAUAUUGUUUUUAUCAACUGAAAUGUGAUAUCAAAUUACAAAGUUUUAAAUCACUUUUCACCACGUAUCAGUUGGUAAUAGCAUAUUUGUCACAUUUGUUUUUUAUUUCUUUUUCAUGCUCCAAAGAACUUAUUUUAGAGUAUCUAAAUUAAGCUUUUCAUAAAAAUAUGCAUGUAAAACUCUUCUGUUACAUUGUUAAUCCCCUCCUUGCGAAAAUUUUAUAGCUAUAAAUGUUGCAAUAAUCAUAAAUUCCUUUUGAUACUUCAAAUUUGUUGAUAAUAUGCAAAGCGAGUCUAUACCUCAAUGUAAUGCUAUAAUAUAUUCUAUAAUGUAGAUACACGCUGUAAUACUUGUUGAAACUUUUAUAUAGUUAUUGCUGUUUGAAAAGUUUUGAUUGUGAAUCGCGAAAUGCAAUGAGACUUGCAGUUUUUAAAAUUCGUUCAAAUAAAAAUAAGUAUACAAUAUGUUCUAAGAACAGUUCAGAAUGGUUACCAAUACCGAAGGGGUGUGCAUAACGUUACUCUUUUUUGCCCGGUUAUGAGGAAAGUUGUGCUAUUUAUUUGUCUUGCUAAUCUCCCCACAUCAAAGUUAGAAAGUACCAGUAUACAUAAUGACAACAUGAAGCACAGUCACAGAAAAAGUUUACGAGUUAAUUUUAGGUAACUCAAACAUAAGAAUUAAGAUGAUACAGUGAUAAUAUGGUGACUCGUACAUGGCUAUAUGCCAGGCAAAGUACAGUCACAAUCGGUGAGUUGGUUGAUUGUGCUGACGCGCAGAAGUCAAAUUGGAGUGGAGAAGAAGGUCUGUGAUCGCUCUUAAAGUAUCAGUGGUUUUACCAUUUGGAUUACCCAACUAUUCUGAAUUGUUGUUGGAACAUUUGAUAAAAAAUUCACUGUCCAAGGUUGUAUUUGUAACGAACUAUUAAGUACAGUUAGAACAUUAGUGUAAUGAUGUAACAUCCAAACUAAUCAGAUCUUAAAGACACUGCAACUUUGAUGUUUAUUUAUAAAAAAAAUCACGUAAUUUACACAUAUUAUGUAACAAUAACCCUCCUAGGCCAGAAUGAAAAAUACCACUUUUGUACAGUGAUCCUUACGUAAUAUUAUUGGAUUUAUACUAUUCAAGAUACUGGUAGUUUGGAUCAACUUUUCGCAAAUGAAAUUAAAAUUAAUUACUACAUACUCUACUCUUUCAAGCAGAAUAUGACAGUGACGCCACGAAUUAGAAAAUUUGUGUAUGUAGCAAGGAUGAAUGAGACUUCAGAGUGGGACCAACGAAUUCGAUUAGAUUUGAAUCAGCCAAGCCUCUAUGUUUGCAUUGCAAUGUUUGUUGCGAGUUGCGUAGUUUUAGUGCGUACAUUUGACUCAUUUGUUUACCAAUGCCUACCAAAGUGAGUGUUGUAUCAACAUAAUGAUAAUAUAAAUAAUACUGGUGGAAACAUCUCCCUCCAUUAGGCUUGUGGAACUCCUUUGCAAAUUAUCUAGGAGUACCAUGCCUUGAAAUCGUCUAACUCCACAAUUAUUUGUGUAAACACUCGCACUUUUGAAACACUAAAUAUACAAAUUUAAUGAUAGAACUGCAAAAAAAAACUGACGUAUGUUAAGUGCAUUUUGAUCUUCACUACAGACUAUGAAAAUUAGGAGACGAAAAAAUCCUCAACUGGCUGCUGCCUAGUCUGGAUUCGUUGGUCGGGAUGGAUUCAUGAAUUGUGGAGCGAGUUAUGGACUUCACUGCCGGCACACACGGCUGCUAAAUUGCCCCACUGCAAAAAAAAAACAGCGUUUAAACGCGCGAUUAUUUGCUGUUGCCACGGGACGCACGUCGACAAGUCCUUUCGCAUGCCACGGAUGUCAUCCAAAUUGCCGCGCUGCAAAACCCGCUGGAUAGCAUGAACUGUUCCAUCAACAUAAUGCUGAACGCAGUGCGACAAAUUAACGCUCGUUUGUACCGGAUGUCAAAAUUCCGAAACAUGUGAUCACAUUAGAUAAGUUAUUCUUUUUAUAAUUGGUCGACCGGAUAAACAUGGCGGUCGUUCAACAAGUUUUUUCAAACUCAAAAUCAAUGGUGGACCAAAAGCAAGAAGCCCGCAGAUUAGGUGGGCCGCGAAACCUAAUUUUAAAAGAGACAAACUACUGAAAAUCUUAACGAAAAAGGUACUAUUAUGGCAGAUAUUUAUUUAACUUUCCAUAAAUAUGACAUAAGACACAAACAUUAAAUUUUGCCAGACAUUUGGCAUAUUUUGUUUUUAAUUAAGUUGGCUAUUUGUGGCGUAAAUUUAUAGGUGGAAACAACUCAAAACUGCGUCCAACUGUGUGUCCAUCAAUCGCGGUCCGGCAGGAUACUUGUUUCCUUUCAUCAAAGAAAUUGGGAGCAUUCACCCUACUACCGGUCCAGUGGUGCAGCGCUUUUAAGCUGGAUAUCAGAAGAAAUGGGAUAACUUUGUCAGAUUGACAGCAGUUUUCAUCUGGCUGUCAGAUUGGAUAGUAUAUUGUUUAAUGUUGCGAACCGUGAUAGCUAUUCCACGACUACUGCUAUUAAGACAAAAGCGCUGGACCGCUUUAGGUUGGCUGGACGCUCCCAAUAAUUCUUCACGCUUAUAGGUACUUCCAAAUAUUUACAAUGUUUCACUGGCAAAAUUUCUCAUUUUUUGUUAAUGAACUGGCAAGUAGCUAUAAAAUUGGAAUAUACCCACACGCCAUACUACACAUAUCUGUACUUUCGUCACAGGCAAUAGAAAAUGCAAUGAAAGGGUAGCUGGCGGGCCGCAUUAUCUGGCUGUUUUUAAAACUAAUUCGAGCCACAGGAAAAUGCUCACUGGGCCACAUGUUUGACAUGCAAUUCAGUUAAUAUAGAUUGUGAAUGAUUUCAUGACCCCGAUUGUAACCAUUUUGUUGAAAACGUCUUGAUAAACAUUUCAACGAACAAAUGUCAAUAGUAUAACCACAGCUUAGAUAACAAUCGGCUAUGAAACUCUCCUGUCGGUGUCAAAAACGGCCGUGACAGGAGAGUUUCGUAGCUGAUUGUUAUCUAAGCUGUGGUAUAACUAAAGGUUGCCAUAGACACUCGUGCAAAUGGUACGUUUUGCAUGUUCGGUCUUAGAUCGUCAUGCGUUGUACCAUAUGGCUUGUUUUCGUUGUCGCGUUUCAUCAAUUUUGUUUGGCAUGAGUAAAAUCUUUUGAUUUUUGUAUCUAACCCAACUUCAUUGCGAAAAAGGCUGAGUGUCUGUAUUAUAUUGACGACCAUAAGACCGAUACCACAAAUACUAUAUCUUGCAUGACAACAUGCUCGCAAGUAAAAUGUACGAUUAGCAUGACUAUGCCUUAACGCAACAGAGAUAAAUAACUUGCAAAUCGUUUGCUACGCAGGUAAAAAUUCGUCACUAUCAUUUUCUUAGCGACGAAGCAACUAUGUCAUGUCAUUUUAUAAUGAUUUAGGGCCGUAUGUUCAGUCGUUCCUACAAUUGUAAGACGCCUUUAUGGCCUUGAUUUUCAGUCUUUCCUCUCCUUCAGAAAGGCUGGGAUAUUUCUAGAUUUCUACGGUUCCGUGUCAGAAGUCAGCGCUCUCCUAUUGACAGGCUAUGUUUUCUUCUUGAAUUGUAGGAAAUUUCAGGCUAUAUAACAGAUGAUAUAAAUCAAAAGCAUAAACAAUAUGGUGCAAAUAGAUAUUUGUAACAUAACCUCAAAAUAGAACGCUGAAGAGCAGAAAACUAUGAAAAUCAAGGAAGCCAUAAAGGAACGACUGACGCUACGGCCCUUAGUGAGGGUAGCAUUUUAAAUCAAGGAGACAGAAUUUUCUCACGAAUGCACUACAUUUUUAACCAUCACAAAUCGACCGAUCACAAGUGAGCCUUCAGUUUCCAAACUGCCGAAUGCGACCAUUGUGACAUUAAAACUUCUUUGCGCAGACUCGCCAAAGUUUUUAUGUAAAUGUAGAUUUAUAUCUGUACUCCUCAGUUUGGUUGAUGUGAAUUUUGGAUCCAUUUUUUUGUGGGUUAUGGCAUGGUACCCCAACUAUGCGUGAAUGGCUGCAGCAUGUGUGAAUUUCAAUAAUCGCUUUUCUAUGGAAAACGAAGGUUUUAAAAUAUUCUUGCUUGUUCAUUCACAUUUUUUACUGAUUAUGCUUUAAUCUAGUUGUUUAUGUACCUAUAUGUAUAUUUAUAUAAAAAAUGUUAGGUUUACAGUAUUAUAAUAUCACCUAAAGGAAAAAUAAAGCUUGUAGGUGUAUGGAAUUUAUAAUUCAAUAAAUAAUACUACCAAACGUU